AUGACACAAAAACAACAGGAGACGUGUUAUCAGUAUUGGCCUCAGACUGGAAUGGUUAAGUUUGGAGAGUAUACAGUCGAUUUGACAGAAGAACAGACAGUGAUUGGAUAUACUAUUCGUAAACUGAGUCUUUCAAAUACUGAGUCUGGAAGUGCUCAUCAGAUUGUACAGCUGCACAUAACUAACUGGAGUCCUGAUGGUAGAUGUCAUAACCUCAGCACUGUUACAAGUGUGAUAAGUCAGAUGACAAACAUCCAGAUCACAACUGGCAACCGUCCCAUCGUAGUCCAUUGCAGUGACACAGUGGGUAGGUCGGGGAUGUUCUGUGCCAUAGUCACCACCAUUGAGAGGUGUAAGACAGAGGGAGUGGUGGAUGUGUUCCAGGUGGUCAAGGCUCUCAGGGUACAGAAACCUGGAGCUGUCCUCACUGUGGCACACUAUCAUUUGCUGUUUGAAGCAGUGUUGGUGUAUCUGGACUCUUUUGACACUUACAGCACUUUUCUUAGUGAUAAGAACCCUUGAAUUAUAGCUAUGAGUUAGUGAUAUACACCCACACACCUAUGUAUGAAUUUAUGUACUGUAUAGCACGGGUCAUGUUUUAUUAAACCAGGUCGAUCUAGUUUUAA